AUAUAAACUCCAUCGCCGCGCGGCCUUGGACGGUCCGCAUCCCUCACUGCCGACGCUCCUCUCCCUCCCCUCUUCUCAACUCCUCACAAUGGUCUCAUUCAGAGCCGCUGCUGCCGUCUUUGCCUUUGCCGGUGCCGUCGCUGCCCAGUCCCACGCUGCCGGCGACUACCUCUGGCCCUACCCCGCCCAGGUCACCGACAAGAAGGCCCUCAUCAGCGCCCGUGGCUUCACUCUCGCUGACAACAGCCAGAACAACGAGAACGUUGUUGCUGCCUUUGGCCGUCUCCAGGCCUCGGCCCGCUCGCGCUUCUCUGCCUCCAAGGCCAAGAACUCGCUCAAGGUCACUGUCUCGAUUGCCAAGGAUGAGGGAUUUGCCGCCAAGGACCUCGUCGGUGCCGAUGAAUCGUACACCCUCGAUGUGAGCUCGAGCGGUGUCAACGUCAAGGCCAACACCCAGGUCGGCGCCAUCUACGCCCUCCAGACCCUCUCCCAGCUCGUCACCAGCAGUGGUCAGGUCGUUGCUGCCACCGUCAACGACGCUCCCGCCUAUGCCUUCCGUGGUCUCAUGCUCGACACUGCCCGCAACUUCUUCCCUAUCGAGGACAUCAAGCGCAUAAUCGACGGUCUGGCCUACUCCAAGAUCAACGUCUUCCACUGGCACAUCUACGACUCCCAGUCGUUCCCCAUCGACUGGCCCUCGUACCCCCAGCUCAAGGCCACGGCUUUCAAGGAUGCCAACGGCAACCCCAAGGUCUACACCGAGCAGGAUGUCCGUGACAUCGUCCAGUAUGCCUUCCAGCGCAACGUCCGUGUCAUUCCCGAGUUCGAGGCCAUCGGCCACAACGCCGUCUUCGCCGCUGCCAAUCCUUCCUUCGUUGUGGGUCUCAACCACGCUCCCUGGGAUGGACGCAACGGCGAUGCCAACAAUGUUUCUACCGGUGCCGUCAUGUGGGGCACCCAAUGGUGCAACCAGCCUCCUUGCGGCCAGAUCGAUCUGACCAACCAGGCUGCUCUCGAAUUCUUCAACCAGCUUGUUGCUGAGGUUGGUGCCUGGUUCGAGGACCCCAUUGUUCACUUUGGCCACGAUGAGUUCAACUACCGUGUCUAUGGCACCACUCCCGACAGCUGGGACUCUGUUGAUGUCAAUGGUAUCUACGAGGUCAUGGCUCAGGCCGAGCCCAAGCUCCUCCAGAUCGCCGAGACAAACAACAAGCUCUACGGUGCCUGGGACGACAUUGUCACCGACUUCAACGUCCAGAACAUCAUCCCCAAGGACACCUACAUCUGGAACUGGCAGGGCGACAACUCGGCCAUCCAGAACUUUGCCGACCAGGGCUUCACCAACAUCAUCGCCUCUCCUUCCAGCGUUUACUACCUCGACUGUUCUCCCACGGCUCGCUGGUGCACGAGCACUUUUGAGCGUACCGUUCCUGACAGUGCCCUCAAUCUCCCAGGCUAUGCCACCUUUCCCGGCCAGUGGCACAACUGGACGUUCAUCUACAACUACGACACCACCGCCGGCUUGACCGACUCUGCCAAGAAGGCCGUCAUUGGCGGUUCGGUUGCGCUGUGGACCGAGACCAUCAAGCGCCACAACCUCGAUCGCUACGUCUUCCCCCGUACCUCUGUGUUCGCCGAGCGCUACUGGUCUGGCCAUGCAGCUCCUGCUUACGAUGCCGUCAAGACCGCUGCUCGUCUCGAACGUUUCCGCACCACCCUCAUCAACGAGCUCCAGAUCGCCGCUGCCGAUCUCUCUUACCUCGGUAACCAGGAGGGCACCGUCUUCCGUACUGAGUGGUGUGAUGCCAACCUUGCCACUCCCGGCCAGAAGACUCACGAGUGCUGCUUCCCUGGCGAGCCCCUCACCGGCCACAACGGCUCUCCUCUCAACACCACCGUUGGUGCUCACUUCCCCACCGGCGACGAGGCCGACUAUUGCAAGAUCGCCGCCUCCUACAACACCAACUCGUUCACCCACGUUGUCCCCAAGCCCACUCCCUAUCCCUACUAG